AUUAACGUAGGAGCGCGAAUAUGAUUGUAGACCAACGUAUGCGAUCAUUCUUUCCUUGUAUGUGUUAUUACAGCAAUGACCGUUCUGAAAAAAAUGCUAAUCCAUUAUCUUAGGCAAGUAAAGUGACUUCUCACCAGUUAUGGGGAAAGAUCUUUGCUUACGUUCAGAGAAAUCGGUGAUGAGUGGUCUAUCUGAACGCAUGCUCAGAACUAACCCCCCCUCGCGUGACACAUUUGAAUCUGUAAUCCAUGGAAAUUACAGCAAAAAGAAUCGACAUUUGAGAAUCGGUGGCUUUCUGACUCUGUAAAGCCGCAGAGUUGUGCAGCACUCGCACCCGCGGACAGCGACCAGUGAGGGAGGCAAUGAGACAGCGAGCAGCUCACAUUGAAUCUCCUUAGAGAGAAUCUGGCUGCAUCCGUGAAAGGAAAAUAUGGAGAGAUGGCAUGUUUGGUUUUGUGUAUCAAGAAAACAAGAAAAAUGCCACUGUAAUUUAUGAUACAAAUUUGUACUUGUCACGUUAGGAGAUAAUUUUAUUCUGAGAAGAUAGAAUUCUCUCUCACCCGAAGGAAAAAUGGACGCCUCGCCAUCCAAGCAGGGGAGGAAGAGGGUGAAGAUCCACCCCAACACAGUGACGGUGAAGUACGCCACCCACUUCCCCCAACCGGGGGACGAGGGCUACGACGACGCGCCCUCCUUCGAGGACUUCGGUUCCUUUGUGGAGGAGAACCCUGACAAGAAGCUGCUGGCCGACAGGGGCGGCAGGACUUUCUUCGGCAGCACGGAGAGCCGGCCCAAGCCCGCGGGGCCGAAGGCGGAUAACGGGGUGGGCGAGCAGCUGCAGAGCUUCGGCGAGGCCUCGGUCUUCGCCUCCAGGGUGACGUGGGGCGCCCUCUUCGGCGCGGCGCUGGCGCACGGCUGCGUGGCGCUCAUCACCCGCCUGGCGGCCGACCGCUCCAAGGUGCCCUCCCUGGAGCUCCUGUUCAUCCGCUCGGUGAUCCAGGUGUUCUCCAUCGCCGUGGUCUACUACCACCAGGAGGCGCCCUUCGGGCCCAAGGGCUACCGGCUCCGUCUCUUCUUCUACGGCGUCUGCAACGUCAUCUCCAUCACCUGCGCCUACACCUCCUUCGCCAUCGUGCCGCCCAGCAACGGCACCAUCAUGUGGCGGGCCACCACCACCGUCUUCAGCGCCGUGCUGGCGUUCCUGCUCAUCGACGAGCGGCUGGGGAUGACCGACAUCGUCACGGUGGUGAGCAGCGUCUUCGGGCUCUGCCUGGUCAUGAUCCCCAACAUCGUGAGCGAAGACAAGUCGCCCCUGGGCUUCUGGAAGGAGGCCUUUGGCUACACCAUGACGGUGAUGGCCGGGCUCACCGCCGCCCUCUCCAUGAUCGUCUACCGGGCCAUCAAGGAGCGGGUCAGCAUGUGGACGGCCCUCUUCACCUUCGGCUGGACGGGCACGGUGUGGGGGGCCUCCACCAUGUUCAUCAUGCAGGAGCCCAUAAUCCCCCUGGACGGGGAGACCUGGGGCUACCUCAUCGGCAUCUGCGUCUGCUCCACGGUGGCGUUCCUCGGCGUCUACUACGCCCUGAACAAGUUCCACCCGGCCUUGGUCAGCACCGUCCAGCACCUGGAGAUCGUGGUGGCCAUGAUCCUCCAGCUCCUGGUGCUCCACAUGAUCCCGUCCGUCUACGAUGUGAUUGGAGGCCUCAUCAUCAUCGUCAGCGUCUUCGUCCUGACCGGCCUCAAGCUCUACUGGGUGGGGAAGAGCAGGCGGCAGGAUUAUGAGGAAAUACUUGACUCGCCCAUCAAAUGAGUGCGGCGCUUGUUCCCCUGUGUCGCAGCGCCCCUUCCUGGACGUGUGAGCGAACAGCCCCAUGAAUGUCUGAAUCGAGAUCUAUUUAUUUUGUAUUGUGUUGUUCAAAGAGUGCCAGUUGUGUAAUGUCUUUGUUAUCUGUAUCGUGAGGAAUAAAAAAAAAUAGUUUGCAUUGCUUUCUCUCCAAUGUAGUGUAAUUUGAUUCAAUUCACUUCUGUGCACGCAGUUAAAUUGGUACCAUUUUUAUUAAAUGUUCCAUUAUUUUGAGUUUGUGCGGCAUUGAAUGACGGAUAACAUGUCAGGGAAAAAUCCAGGCACCCGCUGUGUCCAGUCAGUUACAUUCGUAUUCAUAAGGCAGCAUGAUAAUACUGAAGAUGAAUGUCAUAAAUGAACUGCUAUUCAUUGUGUAGGUUGCCAUAGACAUCCUCAGCCAAGGCAAUCAAUAUAAUCCUUGUUGCUGUUAUAGAAGAAGAGCGCGAAAGUAACAGGGGUCACAGCUCUGGUCCCAUUAGACUUGAUACGGUGCUGGAAUUUCUGCCAUAAUACGAAUUGAAAAAAACACGUAAUGCUUCAAAAUCCUGUAACAGGGAUACUGACUCUGAAAGUGUGACGUGGCAUGUUCAGUUAUGAGCUUGCAACAACUUUAUCUCCGAGCGAGCUUUUGUCCUUGGCGUCAUAGAUCUCAAGGGGAUCUGUGCCACAGCAACAAAGCCUAUUUAUAGCAGAUGUUACAGAUAAUUUCCUCCACAAAAACAUGUUGAGUAUUGAUAAAUACAGACACAUUUAGCAUCAUAAAUUAGGGAGGAGGCAGAUUACAUUAUGAUGGAGGACCCAAUGGGAUGUAAAAUCACAUGAGCACAUGAAAUAUCUGUGGUAAACAACAUACGCUCAUAUAAUUACCAUACCACAAAAAAAAUCUGCGUUUUGUACAUUUGAAGUAUGCGGUGAAAAAUAUGACGAUAUGCAAUUUAAAGACUAGUUAUUUGUAUUUUUAAAAUUCUUGUCCAUUUAAGAGAAUCUCGUCUAUCAUAAUGGUAUUUUGUGUGUGUCUGUCACAUUGGAUGACCUGUAAGGAUGUGGCUAAUACAAUAUUGGUAGAUUUAACACACACACUAGUUUAUCUUGCAUAUCCGUGAAACUUUACAUCAGAGAGCUUAAACUCUUAUUCUCUUCCUGCCACAUAUUUACUUUAUUCCAUCAUGUUUCUUACAUAACUUUCCGUACAGAGACAGAAGACGUAUUCAAGCUUUUAGCAUGCCAUUUUUUUGCAGUGAGUAUUGGAAAUACAGUUAAGAGCUAAAAACCAAGAUUUCCUCAUUCUUACUUGUACCUUAUCUGAACGUUGUAUUCAAUUGGUAUUUUGAGUCAUAGUUACCAGCCAUGCAGAACUGUUACAUUUAGCAAAAGAAGCACAUAUUUGGUGUUGAGAAAACAAUAUAUAGUGAAAUAUAGUCCAAAUAGAUGUACAUUUUUAUAUAUGUAAAAAGACACAUCAUAUAUUAUAUAACAUUAACUAUACUAGUGCCACAUUCAUAUAUGAAAAGUUAUGAAUAUAUUGCUGUAAGAAAAAUAUCAAUCCAAAUAGAGUUACAUACUGGAAUGUGGCAAUAGAUAUAUCUUAGUAUACACCAUCUUUUUUCUUUAUAUUUUGGAUGUAAUAUUUUACCAUAUAAUGACAUAUAUUUUUUCAUGUGGACUGUCGUUAAGCAUGUCACUUUCAAACUGGUACACUUUCAAUGACCAGAUUGAUCUGAUUGCCACUUUCUUUGUAGUUAAUCAGAUAAAUAUCUUUGUUAAUAUGUUAAUAUGCAAUUAUGUAACAAUCACAACCUUGAAAUAAAGAAAAUGAGAUAAUUUU